CCCGGGUCAUGGCUGUCCCCGCGGCCGCGCCCAAGGCCGGCGCGAGGCCCAGGUUAGAUCUGCAAUUUCUCCAGCGGUUCCUGCAGAUACAGAAGGUUUUGUUUCCUACUUGGUCAUCACAGAAUGUGUUGAUGUUCCUGACCCUUCUGUGUGUGGCCCUGCUGGAACAACUGAUAAUCUACCAGGUUGGCUUGAUCCCCAGCCAGUACUACCGGGUCCUGGGGAACAAAGACUUGGGGGAGUUUAAGAGCCUGACAAUCUUAGCAGUUGUGCUCAUCGUCCUCAACUCCACGCUCAAGAGCUUUGACCAGUUCACCUGCAACCUGCUGUAUGUGAGCUGGAGGAAGGACCUCACAGAGCACCUCCAUCGCCUCUACUUCCGGGGCCGCGUGUACUACACCCUCAACGUGCUGCGGGAUGACAUCGAUAACCCGGACCAACGCAUCAGCCAAGAUGUGGAACGGUUCUGCCGUCAGCUCAGCACCAUGGCUGGACAGCUCGUCAUCUCCCCCUUCACCCUCGUCUACUAUACUUAUCAGUGCUUCCAAAGUACAGGCUGGCUUGGACCUGUGAGCAUCUUUGGGUAUUUCAUCUUGGGGACCGUGGUGAACAAAAUUUUGAUGGGCCCCAUCGUGACAAAGCUGGUGCAGCAAGAGAAGCUGGAAGGGGACUUCAGGUUCAAGCACAUGCAGAUUCGGGUGAACGCUGAGCCGGCAGCUUUCUACAGAGCCGGGCACGUGGAGCACGUGAGGACAGACCGCAGGCUGCAGAGGCUCCUGCAGACCCAGAGGGAGCUGAUGUCCAAGGAGCUCUGGCUGUACAUUGGCAUCAACACGUUUGACUAUCUGGGCAGCAUCCUGAGUUACGUCGUGAUCGCGAUCCCCAUUUUCGGUGGGGUCUAUGGAGACCUGAGCCCCACAGAGCUUAGCACCCUGGUCAGCAAGAACGCCUUUGUGUGCAUUUACCUCAUCAGCUGCUUCACCCGCCUCAUCGACCUCUCCACGACACUCUCAGACGUGGCGGGGUACACACACAGGAUUGGGGAGCUGCAAGAGACCCUGCUGGACAUGUCCCUAAAGUCAGAAGACUCUGAGAGCCUGGACAACAGCGAGUGGGACUUGGACAAGGCCCCAGGACGGCCAGCGGAUACAACAGACGUGGCUUUUGCCCUUGAGAGGGUCUCCAUCUCUGCCCCCUCCUCUGACAAGCCCCUAAUCAAGGACCUGGGCCUCAGGAUCUGCGAGGGCCAGAGCCUGCUCAUCGUGGGAAACACAGGGACUGGCAAGACGUCCCUGCUGCGAGUCCUGGGGGGCCUCUGGACGAGCACGCAGGGCUCAGUGCAGAUGCUGACAGACUUCGGGCCGCACGGGGUGCUGUUCCUGCCACAAAAGCCCUUCUUCACUGACGGGACCCUUCGGGAGCAGGUGAUUUAUCCCUUGAAGGAGAUCUACCCAGACUCAGGUUCUACCGAUGAUGAGAGGAUCAUGAGAUUCUUGGAGGUGGCAGGCCUGUCCAACUUGGUGACAAGGACAGGGGGCCUGGACCAGCAGGUGGACUGGAACUGGUAUGAUGUUCUGUCACCAGGGGAGAUGCAGAGGCUCUCCUUCACCCGCCUGUUCUAUCUGCAGCCAAAGUACGCAGUGCUCGAUGAAGCCACCAGUGCCUUGACGGAGGAGGUGGAGAGCGAGCUGUACCGCAUCUGCCAGCAGCUGGGGAUGACGUGCAUCAGCGUGGGGCAUCGGCGCAGCCUGGAGAAGUUUCAUUCCUGGGUUCUGAGACUCUAUGGAGGAGGCAGAUGGGAGCUGACCAGACUCAAAGUUGACUGA